AUCAAUCUGGAGAACACAAAAGCCGCCACAGAAGACUUUACACUCUCCAAAAUAAAUAAGCAAAUAAUUAAUAUCUAAUCUGAAGAUUACACGUUAGACGGCGCCUUAGUUGCCAAUUGGAAAUCUUUUGACUUUGACAAUUCUAGAAGAGCUCGAAUAUUUGACGUCUCAUGUAGCUCUGCGUGCAGGGUUCUGUUCGCAUCGUAAAUUCACUUUUCGUUUGUAAUUUCUAGUGUUUCGCGUGUCAUAGUUUUCUAGACUUAGGAUAAGUAUUUACUGUAGUUCGAAUGGCUUUCAAUUUUGGUGCAUUUUCCUACAUUGUGGCGUUAAUUGCCGACGCCUUUCUAAUAUUUUUCGCGAUAUUUCAUGUGAUUGCAUUUGAUGAGCUCAAAACAGACUAUAAAAAUCCCAUAGACCAGUGCAAUAGCUUGAACCCGCUCGUUUUGCCGGAAUAUCUCUUGCACAUUUCGUUUAAUUUGUUGUUCUUAUUCGGCGGCGAGUGGUUCUCAUUAUGCAUCAAUCUGCCGCUCAUCGCAUAUCAUAUUUGGAGAUACAAGAAUCGACCCGUGAUGAGCGGACCGGGCCUCUAUGAUCCAACUAAUAUCAUGAAUGCGGACAACCUGUCGAAAAAUAUGCGCGAAGGGUGGAUUAAAUUAGCCGUUUAUCUAUUGUCAUUUUUCUAUUACCUUUACGGUAUGAUUUACUCGCUCAUUUCAACAUAAAUACCUUCAUAUCGGUGACACCAAUCUGUUUCCUUCCAAUGGUCAAGGAACAGAUGGCUUAAUCCGAUGGAGACAGUCCAGUCUAAUUUUGUGUUGAUUCACAUUGAACGAGGGCGUUUUAUAAUACAACCUAAUUGUAAAUCGAAAGGAAAUUAUGUUAAAUAUUAGGAAAAUGGCCCAAAGGUCAACCUCUGAUAAUAUUUUAAAAUCGAUCAAAACUAAUUUAUUUAUAAAUAAACUGAUAAUAAACAACAAAAUAUUUGAUUGACUUUAA